AUUCUGUUGGUUACUUUGAUGUCAGCUAAUGAACCAAUUACAUUUCAAAUAACCAUGACCUAGUUUGUGAUUCAAGAUUAUGUACACUCCACAAAUCACUUCCAAAUGUUAAGCUAUUUCUGUAAAUUUGAAUUUCUAGUCUGAAUAAGGCAGUGUGAUUUAAUACAUCAAUCAAGCACUCACAAGAUGAAUCUUCUGGUCUGUUGCAAAGUGACUUCCAAACACGAACUCAUGAUACUGCUGAUUUUAUGGCUUCCUCUAUUACCACUCCUCCAUUUGUACACUCAGCGUUAUUUCAACAGGAGUGUGUCCACAGAGAUCAAUGGUUGUCGGCGAGCAUUGUUGAAGAACAGCAUAGAUUCGAAAGAGAAGACGGAAUGGAUAAAUCAGUCGAUAUUUUCCUUACGCAAACUGGCAGAUUCAUUUCCCUUCGGAUAUUCUCAUGAAAUCCUUCGACGUCGUGCAAUACAUUACGUGCAUGAAAUGAAUUACACCUUGAACAGCCUUCAAAAGCAACUGGCUGAUUUACAAAAGCUCAACGAAACAAUUGUUGAUAAUGCAACAAUAUUCUCGCUUGGAAACGAUUUGUCCAAGUUUCAACAACACGUCACAGAUAUACUUUUCAAUGUUGAGAGAGUUCUGAAUCAGUUGGGUCAAGUGGAUGGAUUUUCUGAGGAAAGAAAUUCCAAGCUAAAUGAGAUAUCUCAAAUCGUACAGAAAAGGAUUCGACAGUUACAGAAUCCGGCUGACUGCACAAAAGCCAAGUUUAUGACAUUCAAUUUCACGAAUUUGUGUGGAUUCGGUUGUUCCAUACACCAGUUGAGCUAUUGCUUACAACUGUCUUUGAUGACUGGACGUGUGUUGGUUGUGAAUAAACAUGAGACUGGAGAUAUAUUCCGCGAAUGGUUGCAGCAGAACAUCCUUCCAAUUUCUGACAACUGUAGUUAUAGAGACAUCACUUUUGAGUCAAAUAGUUUGGAGUGCCCUUAUUUGCUUUACGGUCCUGCAAAUAACAAUCACUGGAUUCCAAAUAUUCUACCAAGUGACUUGGCUAUAAAACUAUUUCAUUACCACGAAGCACCCUACGUUUGGUUUGCCGGUCAGCUGGCUGCAUUCAUUCUGCGGCCUAAACCUCAUCUAGCUGAGUUAAUCAAAGAGACAGUGAAGGAAUUCAAGUCAAAACAUCAUCUUGUUGUAGGUGUGCAUGUAAGACGUACAGACAAACUAAAGGAGGAAGCUGCGUUCCACGAUUUGACAGAGUACAUGAAACACGUGGAAAGCUAUUUCGAUUCAAUGAAUUAUACUUCACAAUCGAAGCAUCUGGACAAAUUCAAUUACACGAAUGAAGUAUCCAAUAGCAUUCACCAUUUUUCAGAAAACAAACGAAGCGUUUAUCUUACCACAGACGAAACUUCAGUUUUCGAAGAAAUUUCCAAGCUAUAUCCGCAUUAUAUUGUUUAUGGAAGUCCAAAUAGAUCCCAGUCAGCCGCUAUGAAUAGUCGUCAGAGUAUCUUUUCAAUGACAAAUGCAUUUGUUGAUAUCAUUGCAUUGUCACAGACAGAUAUUCUCGUCUGUACAUUAUCUUCAAAUGUGUGUCGUUUGGCCUAUGAAUUGAUGCAGACACGUCAUGAAGAAUUAGGAGACGCAACACAACUAGUUCGUUCUCUUGACUACAUGCAUCACUCAGAAGACUAUUCGAUGAUCAAAUUCGAUGUAAUCAUACCAGAUGUGAAAACAAAUUUACACUAUAACGACGAAGUCUAUUUAUACAGGAAUUAUUGGAAUGGGACAGGGGCCAUUAAAAGGAUUGAAGUAAAUGAGAAAAACCUAAUUGAAUUUGUUGCCUCUGCACGAAAGACUUCUUUUCUCCUACCUUCCUACAAAUUGAGACCACGAUAUACGAUAGCGAAUGUCACCUGGUCGUAGCAAUAAAUGCUUUGCUAAUUCAACUAGGCCAAUUUCAAAGAGUUAGUGGUAAAUAACGAUAGUGUGUUCCCGAAUUUAUUCUUGUAAAUAAACACAGACAUCGACCGAUAUCUUGAACAUACGCUCAUUUGUGUCUGAACACCGUUUCGUUUGAUUUCUAUUGAAGCCAAAAAUAUGUGCUUCACCUUAUAUUAUGCAGUCUGUAAUACCAUUUUCUUGAUAUUGGUGACAUGUGAGGAAUUCUCUGAAUGAUUUUAUGUAUCAUAAGAAAGGCAGUUUAUCAUUACAAUUCACAUAUGUUUGCUUCGCCUACACAUGCUUUGUAUGCAUUCAAACUGCAAUAACUUUUUUAACAGUGAUCUUCUCAUUAUGAUGUUUAUGAUUCAUCCCCUGCAUUCCAUAUAAAUUGAAAUACUUCGGUGGGACACAUAUAUUGCACACUUGAGGCCAUCUUCGUUUAAGCAGGCAGUCCAAUCCUCCGUGAAUGUCCAAUUAACUUUCAUCUCAUUGUGAGUGUUUCCUGGGAAAUUGGUUCUCAGGUGGUUCACUGAAACAGCUGCCUAUUGCUUAUUGCUGCUGGUCAGGCGUCGGGUCUCCGGUGUUCAGCGAAGGCAUCUGCUGAUGGAUGUCUCAAUCCAGGUAGAAUUACCCUCCAUGAUGCACACGUCGAUUGUCUGAAGGAAAAGGAUGUGCUGAUGUGACAUUAGAGUUGGAAAUUCUCAUCUUAUGCUCAGUGAUGAAGAACUUCACAUUGGUUACAGGAUGACUGACUCUCCAGAUCCAAUUACAGCUGCCUGUGGAUUUCUCAUCCGUGAUACCUGUACAUGAAAUGAUGUCGUCCAUGCAUUUAGGCAACGGAGAUGACACCAUUCCGAUCUCUGCAAGUGAUGGUUAUCGUUGCUUUUUCUUGCUUUUGGUUAUAUCUUUCACCCCUAUCUGCUCUGUGUGCGCCUAAAGGGCUGUCUCGGAGAUAGAGAGCAUUUAUUGAUUACAAUAAUCUUCAUCUCUCCGUCUCAUUUAUAAAGUAAACUCUCCAUUUUGCAUGAUAAAUUACACUGUAUGAUUCUCCAUCUGAUCACAGUCUGUAAAUAGAUAUGUUGAUGAAGAGCG